CUACUGAUCGCUCUAGAGCCAUGAAUACCUUGAGCUUGAUGUCCUUGCCCAAACGUGUCGUGAUCGUAGGCUAUGGACCCGUAGGGCACAUCCUCUUGGAGCACCUGGUGGAGGGCACGGAAGUGGCCUUGGAGAUCACCGUGAUUUGUGAAGAGCCACGGUUGGCCUACAACCGGGUGGCCAUGACCAGCUACUUCCAGCAUCGUUCGCCGGAGGAGUUGGCUAUGGCAAGUCUGGAAUGGUUGGAAGAGAAGAAUGUCCAGCUGAUUUUCGCCCGGGCCACCUGCAUCAAACGAGCUCAGAAGCGAGUGGUCUAUGAAGGUGCCAAUGUUUCAGGCGAGAUGGAGUAUGAUGAGUUGGUCUUGGCAACUGGCAGCAGUCCGUUUGUCCCGCCACUGGCUGGAUUGAAGACGUCAACUCCAGGAAUCUUCGUCUAUCGGACCAUUGAGGAUAUGGACGCCAUCAUCGCACGCGCAGCAACCAGCCGUCGUGCCGCGGUCAUCGGCGGCGGCUUGCUGGGCCUGGAGGCGGCGAAGGCCUUGCUGGACCUCCAGAUGAAUGUCUCAGUGCUGGAAGUGGCACCCUUCCUGAUGUCUGCUCAGUUGGACCAGGUGGCCGGGGAGCUGUUGGAGAAGCGCCUCAGUAAGUUGGGUCUCUCGAUCCACACAGCGGUCGAGCUACAGGAAGUGCUCUGCAACCAGGGCGUGCGCUUCGUGCGCCUCAAAAAGAAUGGCGUAGAGUCCUUCCUGGAAGUCGAUCUGUUGAUCAUCUCUUGCGGCAUCCGCCCACGCGACGAGCUGGCGAGGAACUGCCAGCUGGACUUGGGCGAGCGAGGUGGUGUUAAGGUGGACUGCUGCCUUCGCUCCAGCGAUCCCACCAUCUACGCCGUGGGGGAAGUGGCCAGCUACGAGGGCGGCAUGGUCUACGGCCUCUGGAAGCCGGGCGCGGAACAGGCGGAGGUGUUGGCUGCUACGCUGGGCAGCCCUUCUGCUGGCUUGCGAUAUCAUGGGAGUGAUUUGUCCACCAAGCUGAAGCUGCUGGGCGUCAACGUGGCCUCCUUUGGCGCCAAUGCGGAAUUUUGGAAACAUCGCAUGUACGACUUCCAGGAUGGCCAGGCCGGGAUCUGCGUGCAGAGCACCUUGGACAGCGGCCGAUAUCGCAAGCUGGUCUUCCGGCGCCUGCCGGGGGGGUCUCGGCGCCUGCUCGGAGGAAUCUUGGUGGAAAGCGUGGAAGAUUAUCAGUCCCUCUGCGAUUUGGCCCGUUGCGGCCGAGAGCUUUGGGGCUUGGAGACGGUGGUCAUGACCCACGGCCCACGCGCCAAUCCGGGACAGAUCGAAGACAUGGUCUAUCCCAAGCACCUUCCGACGACGCCUGGAAUGCUGGAGAUGGGCACCGCACUGCGUGUUGUCAUUGUUGGACACGGUCCAGUGGGCAACACGUUGAUUGAAAACUUGCUGGAGGAGCGCGAACGGAAUGUGGCCAUCACUGUCUUGUGUGAGGAACCUCGCUUGGCUUACAACCGAGUGGCCAUGACCAGCUAUUUCCAACAUCGUUCCGCUGCCGAGUUGUCUAUGGUCAACAUGGAAUGGCUCCAAGAAAAGAAUGUCCAAUUGAUCUUUGCGCGAGCCACUUCCAUCAAGCGAUCACAUAAGCGAGUCACAUACCAAGGGCCAAAUACAUCUGGAGAGCUGGAAUACGAUGAGUUGGUCUUGGCCACCGGCAGUUCUCCGUUUGUGCCUCCAAUUUCUGGAUUGAAGACUUCCAUUCCCGGCAUCUUCCUCUAUCGCACCAUCGAGGAUAUGGAUGCCAUCAUCGCGCGUGCCCAAACCUCCCGUCGCGCCGCCGUCCUCGGCGGCGGCUUGCUGGGCCUGGAGGCGGCGAAGGCGCUGAUGGAGUUGGGGAUGGAGACGCACAUCAUCGAGAGCGCACCGCACCUGAUGCCUUCGCAGCUGGACACGGUGGCGGGUGAUUUGCUGAAGUGCCAGGUGGAGUCGCUGGGCUGCGUGGUGCACGUGAAGGUUGAGAUCUCCGAGAUCUUCUCGGACGAGACUGGGGUGCAAGCUAUGAGAUUUCUGCAGGAUGGCGCCCCGUUCCACCUGGAUCUGGAUCUUUUGAUCGUCUCCUGCGGCAUCCGCCCGCGCGAUGACUUGGCCCGAGCCUGCGACCUGGAACUGGGCCAGCGAGGCGGAAUCAAGGUGGACGGCUGCCUCCGCACCAGCGAUCCCAACAUCUACGCCGUGGGGGAAGUGGCCAGCCACGACGGAAUGGUCUACGGCCUGUGGAAGCCAGGCUCUGAACAGGCGGAGGUAUUAGCAGCAACCCUGGGCAGUCCAUCAGCAGGGCUGCGUUACCAUGGCAGCGAUCUCUCGACCAAGUUGAAGUUGUUGGGCGUGAACGUGGCGUCCUUCGGCGAAUCGGCCGCCUUUUGGCAGGGCCGCACCUAUCAACUGCUGCGGGAUGAUGAGAAGCCCCCCAUGUGUGUGCGUUCGGUGCUUGAUGCCUCAUCUGGAACAUACCGAAAGUUGAUCUUCAAAAGGAUGCCAGGUGGAAGUCGAAAACUCUUGGGUGGCAUUUUGAUCAACAGCUUGGACGACUACCACUCCCUCUGCGACAUCGCGCGCUGUGGCAAGGAGCUCUGGGGACUGGAGCCGAUGGUCCUGGUGGAGGGGCCCCGGGUCACGCCCGGCAGGUUAGAGCAAAGUUUCCCACAGGCUCGGCUUUGAGUUUUCCGCACAGCACAUCUCCUGUUGCUGGUGCGCUUGGCGGUUGAGCCGAGCUGCUCCGACCGGUUUUCCAAGCGGCAGGAGAUGUGAAACUUACCAAAAGUGGUGAGAUCAUGGCUGGUUCUUGAGGACACUGGUGUGUCUUUCAAGUUGUGUGUG